GCUAGAGGAGCUGAGGCCUCAAACCAAAGGAGAAGAAUUAAACAAAUGACCGAAUAGCUCAACAAAUGAGGCGUAAAUAAAAAGAAGAAAAAAAAAGCUUUAUCUGUCGCAAACAUAACCUACAAAUUACGUGAAGAUAACGUUUGUAUUAAAAAGAAAAGAAAAUGUCUAAAGCUCAUCCUCCAGAGUUAAAAAAAUUCAUGGACAAAAAACUUUGUCUUAAACUGAACGGGGGCCGGCAGGUGACGGGCAUUUUGCGCGGUUUCGACCCUUUCAUGAACCUCGUUGUAGACGAGUCUAUCGAAGAAUGCAAAGACGGUUCCAAAAAUAACAUCGGCAUGGUGGUUAUUCGAGGCAACAGUAUAGUGAUGCUGGAAGCAUUGGAUAGGAUAUAAGGCACUUGUAGAAUUAAUGAUGUAUAAUUUAAGAAUCUUUCUCCAUUUCUUUUGUAAUAAAAAACGUAUUUUACGAAUCUAAGUAUAUUGAGUUACAAUCUACUCAAUAAAAUACUUUUCAACAAAAAAUUAC